UUGGUAGAGGUUUCGAGCUUGUUAUCCCUAGGUUGGAACAAGUUUUGAAUGUCUACGUUGUUGAAAAGAUCAGUUAAAUUGUACGUAAACUUUCGAAAUAGUUCCACGCCACUUUCGGUAUUCCGACAUAGUCGUCCGGAAUUGCGAAAUAUUCGAGACACCAGAGUCCCAAUGGAGAAUCCGGUUGAAACGGCCAUGGUCAAGAAGCUGACGGACGCGUUCCAACCCAAGUAUCUCGAGGUGAUAAACGAAUCGUCGAGGCACGGCGUUCCAAAAGGCUCAGAGACCCAUUUCAAAGUGGUCGUCGUCUCGUCUCAGUUCGAGGACGUCAACCUUCUGCAGAGGCACCGAAUGGUGAAUAAAGUACUAGAUGAGGAGAUCAACGGGCCUGUCCACGCCCUGUCUAUAGUGGCAAAAACACCAAACCAAUGGGAAGAAAGCGACAAGACUGUUGAACCGAGUCCAAAUUGUAAAGGCGGUUUUGGAAAAUAAAACAAUCCAAAGAAAGAAGAAAUAAGAGCGGUGAUUCAUUUACUUCAUACUUAACAAACGUGAAAUUUUUGUAAUAUAUACACUGACUGAUAAUUGCAAAACAUUGUGACCAUCUCAUCAGAUGACUAAUGUUGUAUUAAUUUUUAUCGUUGAAUAAACAUUGUUAUCUCAGUGGUUCA